CUCCGCUUGAGACUGCUCAAGUCAUUGGCUACUAGCUUCUGAACGGAAACGGAAGUGGACUGGUCCUCUGAAGAUGAGUUCCGCUACUGUGGAGGUUCCGAAGGCGGCGCCAACGGAGAAGACAACCGAAAAAGAGAACUUGCCAAAUUCUUGGUUUAGUUCGAUCACUCGGCUGUUUAAAGAAAAUUUGUUUCUAAAAAUGCCUUGCGCAUGUAAUAGAAAUAACUGGAGGCGAUGGAUCCGACCCCUGCUUGUACUGAUUUACUCGAUGGCUCUUCUUGUCUCGAUUCCGGUGUGCAUUUGGGAAUUUCAAAAGCUGAAGGUAGGAAUACAUACAAAAACUUGGUUUAUUGCUGGAGUAUUUGUACUGCUGACCAUACCUGUGUCAAUGUGGGGAAUCCUUCAACAUCUGGUACAUUAUACCCAACCUGAACUUCAGAAACCUAUAAUAAGGAUCCUAUGGAUGGUCCCAAUAUACAGUUUGGAUAGUUGGGUGGCUUUGAAAUAUCCCAAAAUUGCAAUAUACGUGGAUACCUGGAGGGAGUGUUACGAAGCUUAUGUCAUCUAUAAUUUUAUGAUAUUCCUUACCAACUAUCUGACAAUCCGAUUCCCAAACUUGAUGCUACACCUGGAAGCUAAAGAUCAGCAAAACCACCUGCCUCCAUUGUGUUGCUGUCCACCAUGGGCAAUGGGAGAGAUGCUGCUCUUUAGGUGCAAGCUAGGAGUGCUGCAAUACACCGUGGUCAGACCAAUCACCACUGUGACGGCGCUGGUAUGUGAAAUCCUUGGAGUAUACGAUGAGGGAAACUUUAGUUUUUCCAAUGCUUGGACAUACUUGGUUAUAUUAAACAAUUUGUCACAACUGUUCGCCAUGUACUGCCUGCUGCUCUUUUACAAAGUCCUAAAGGAAGAGCUUAGCCCUAUAAAACCUGUUGGCAAGUUUCUCUGUGUGAAACUCGUGGUCUUCGUUUCCUUUUGGCAAGCAGUACUUAUUGCUUUGUUGGUUAAAGUGGGCGUUAUUUCGGAAAAGCGUACCUGGGAAUGGCAAAGUGCAGAAGCUGUGGCCACAGGCCUGCAGGAUUUCAUAAUCUGCAUUGAAAUGUUCUUUGCGGCAAUUGCCCAUCAUUAUACAUUCUCCUACAAACCCUAUGUGCAUGAAGCGGAGGAAGGCUCCUGCUUCGACUCUUUCCUCGCUAUGUGGGAUGUGUCCGAUAUCAGAGAUGAUAUUUCUGAACAAGUAAGGCGUGUCGGGAGGACAAUGCGAGGUUAUCCCAAAAAGAAAUGUUUUCCUGGAGACCCGGAUCAUAAUGAACACUCGAGCCUGCUCUCUUCACAAGAUGUGGCUUCUGACUCUUCAAAGCCAGCCUCCCCAGUGGGCCUGUACCAAGGUUUUGGACACACGAUUACUUCACAAAGCCCAAUUUCUAUAGCUAGCCUAUAUGAAGAGAUCUUGAAGGACAUCCCGGCAGCACAGCGGAAGCUUCUCGGUACAGGACAAGACGUCACGAUUGACACCCCAGAAGAGCGACAGAAGCGACAGAAGCUUCUCGAUACAGGUCAAGACGGCAAGAUUGACAUCCCAGAAGAGCGACAGAAGCUUCUCGAUACAGGAAAAGACUUCACGAUUGACAUCCCAGAGAAGCAGCAGGUUCCCUAUAAAAGCCAGGGUCAAGACCAUGUGAGGAUGGUUACUUCACAGGCUUUCCUUCCUUCAGCCAAGUCAUCUGAAGAUACCAUCACUGACAUCUCAGAAUCGCAGCAGGAGCUUUCCGAUUCUUCCACGGAUUCUCAAAGCUGACACAUCCUCCUUCUGUCAACUCAAGAUCUGUACAGUUCAAAAAUAGGCAAAACUAGAUAUAAUAUCCAUACACAUAUAACAUCAAUAUGCACAUGUUAACAUGCAUAUAUUUGUAUAUAUUUUAUAUAUCACAAAUAAUAUUUAAAUUUCUUAGGUUUUGGCUUUCUUAAACUGUUAGGAUAUCAUAUAUUCAAACAAUAGUUAACAUAGCAAAAUACUCUUGAAUUCAUCAAACAGAUGAACAUUAAAAAAAAAAAAAAAUCAAUGCUUCAUACCACUGCAUGAAUGUAAUGUUCUGGACUCAAAAUUGAAUUUAAUCUAAUCCUAAUCAUGUGCCAUUUAACUUUACAUAAUUAUACUAUAUUUAAACUCUUACAUGUCUUUUCUUUUUUUUUUCUAAAGACAAGGUUUCUCCUAUAUAAGCCCUGGUUAUCCUAGCACUCACUCUGUAGACCAGGCUAACCUCAAACUCAGAGAUCUGCCUCCCACAUACUGGGAUUAAAGGCGUGCACCACUACUAUCUAAGUCGUAUCUUACCCUUUAAUCAGAUUCUUAAUAUGUGGGCAAGUGGAACCGUGUCACCGGACAGAAAAACUGGUAAGGUCAAGCAGAUUAAGGAACCCUGGCAAUUCUCUUAAUUUAGAACAGUAGGCACUUGAAUCCCUGAUUCCUGUCUUGGAGCACAUGACCAUGACACCCCAUAGAGGACCAUGACAACUGGUCAUGAAGCAUAGAACCCAGAAUUCUCCAUGCUUAUGAGGUAUCUAGAUGGGCCAGUAGGAAAAUUUAGCCAAUAAGCUUCCCUUCCCAGACAUUCCUUCCAGCAAAAGGUAUUAAAUCUCUGGUCUACCCUGAGUAAGGUAUAUGUACCGUUUUCACUAUGAAUAAACAGUUUGGACAAG